AUGCAUCAAGUCCAGUCUUCAAAAGCACAAGGAAGACAAAACAGGACAUGCGAAAUGGAAACAAAUAUAUUGUUUCGAAAUGUAGUUCAUAAGUUGAAGAAGGUGAAGUUGGCACUUAAAGAGCUGAAUAGGAGUGGUUUUCCUGAUAUCCAAGCUGCUGAUCUUCAAGCUUAUCAUGACAUGGUUACAGCUCAUAAUGCAAUGCAUCUACAUCCUGCUGACCAGACACUUGCUGAUGCAGAAAUCAUUGCAGAAAAAGCUGCAUGGCUUAAAGAUGGUGAUGAAAAUACUUCUCUCUUUCACCAGAGUAUCAAAGCUAGGAAUGUUCAUAAUCAGGUUUACAGUAUUCAUGACAUGGAUGGGGUAUGGAGAGAUAAUCCUACAGAUAUUUCCCAAGCUUUUUCGAAUUAUUAUACUGAUCUGUUGGGUACCACCCAUACUGAUAGAAGACAUGUGCUUAGGCAUAUUGUUCAUUCUGGUCCUAUGGUUACUGAUGCUCAUAGGGCUAUCCUUAAUGCUCCAUACACAACUGCUGAAGUGAAGAAGGCAUUGUUCUCUAUUCCUGGUCAAGGAAAAUUGUUAAAAGAGCUUAAUCAUACAGUCAUUACUCUCAUUCCUAAGACUAAAUCUCCAAAGAAUAUUUUGCCAGAUUUGAUCAUUGAAAAUCAAGGGGGGUUUGUCCAUGGUAAAUACAUAGUUCAUAAUAUCAUGGUGGUUCAGGACUUGGUGAAGCAGUAUGGUAGGAAGAGUGCUAAGCCUAGCUGCAUGAUGAAGAUUGGUCUUCAAAAAGCCUAUGACACAGUGGAUUGGGAAUUCCUUAAAGAAAUGCUUGUACACUUGGGGUUUCCUAGUGAUUUUUUGGCCCUUGUUAUGGAGUGUGUAUUCACUCCUAAAUUCUCUUUGAUGCUCAAUGGGACAAUGCAUGGUUUCUUCAAGUCAGAAAGGGGUUUAAGACAGGGAGAUCCCAUGUCUCCUCUAUUAUUUGUUCUCUGUAUGGAGUAUCUAUCCAGAAUCCUCAAUAGAAUGAGUGAGUUCCCUCAGUUUCAGUUCCAUCCUAGAGCUUUUGAGCUUUUCUCUGCUUCUUCUGGUUUAUUGGCCAAUAAGCAGAAGUCUUCUAUCUAUUGUUGUGACAUGUCUGAGAAUGAUAUCACCAGAGUUGUAAAUGUUUCUGGUUUUACUAGGAGUAAGCUUCCUUUUAAGUAUUUAGGAGUUCCCAUCUGUGCUAAAAGAAUUUCAGUAGCUCAAUGUGAUGUUCUAGUGGAUAAGAUGAUUGCUAGGAUCAAAGUGUUUAUACUUCCCAAGAGAUUAUUGCAGGAAGUCACUAAGUUUUGUAGAUCAUUUCUAUGGAGUGGCCAGGCUUAUAGUCAUCAAAUUAGUAAUAUCUCUUGGGAAAGUUCUUGUUGUGAUAAGAAACAGGGUGGUCUUGGCUUCAGAGAUGUGAUCACUUGGAACAUUGCAAACAUGGGGAAGUAUGUUUGGGCUAUUGCCUCUAAGCAGGACAAUGUUUGGAUUAAUGGAUUCAUGUUGUGUACAUUAAAGAUGGGGAUUGGUGGGAUUACCUGCCUGCAGCUUCUGCUAGCUGUUUAUGAGAAGAUUAUUGGGCCAAAACCUCUGAUUCAUUGGGAUACCAUGGUUUGGGAUAGGUUGAAUAUUCCCAAACAUAGAUUUAUAUGCUGGUUGGCAGUGCAGGGUAGGCUCCAAACCACUGCAAAAUUGGCAAGAUUUGGUGUAAGCAAUUCUGCAGCUUGUUUUCUCUGUGGACAAGCUGAUGAAGAUCAUACUCACUUGUCUUUGAGUCUGAAGCAGCUUAUGAGAUUCAUUAGUCAUGGCAGAUUGUCUAAAUUCAGGAGGCAAGUUGGUUUUGCAAUGUUAGCUGCUGCAGUUUAUUCUGUUUGGACAAGCAGAAAUAGUAGUUUUUGGAACUCUUCAAUCCCAACUGUGCAGAAUAUUGUAGUUAGGAUUAAGACAAAUGAACCAAGUGGGUCUGAUUCAUUUGAUCUGGUGUAUGUUGGAGAGUGUGAAAAUGAUAAUGGUGAUGCUGUUGGGUCUCCAGGACAACUUUCAUCUGGUUAUCCCUCCUCAAAGAAAGGAGGAAUAACCAAAAAAUCGGCUUCAGCAUCUGAUGAUGCUUAG